AUGUCACUCCCAAAAUUGCAAACGGCGGUUGUUCAGUCCCCAGCGCUGCCGGCGUCGUCUCCGGCCGACGAGAGUCUUCCUCUGGCCGUGUCCGACUCGGUUCCAAUUCCAGUCCUGCCCUCCUCUCACCAUGUCCUUGUCCGUGUCCUGGCAGUGGCAUUGAAUCCCACUGACUUCAAAAUGGUGACCUACUUUCCGCGACCUUUCCACGGGGAUACGCCUGCCCUGCCCAUUGGGUGCGACUUUUGCGGCGUCGUCGAAGACGGCUCGGAAAGUGCUCUUCGAUCCUUCCCAGUCGGGACCCGAGUCUGCGGUGGGCUGUUCCCAUAUGGGCAUGCUGACAAGGGUUCCAACGCUGUCAGUGGCGCAUUUGCACAAUGGGUUGCCGCCGACGCAAACCAAUUGCUACGGGUGCCUGAUGGGUGGGACGACCUCCAGGGUGCUGCUGUGGGGGGCAUCUGCUGGGGCACCUGCGUGCUGGCUUUGUUUGAGGAUCCCGAGGCCCUUGCACUGCCGGGCCGCCCGAGCAAGCCUGAGGAGAAGGGCAGGCCGGUUGUGGUGUAUGGGGGUGCUACGGCCACAGGAACUAUGGCGUGCCAGCUGCUGAAGCUGUCAGGCCAUUACCCAAUUGCCGUCUGCUCUGCCUCGUCCACACCGCUAGUGCGCUCAUACGGGGCGAUUGGCACGGCCGCAUAUACCUCCCCAACCUGCGCAGAGUCCGUCCGGGCGCUUUCCCCAGAUGGGGUCGCCAUCCGGCACGCGCUGGACUGCAUUACCAGCCCGGAGUCGGUAGCCACCUGCUUCGCGGCGAUAGGCCGGGCGGGCGGGCGCUAUGCCUGCCUCGAGGCGCUCAACGACGAAUGGCGCACUCGCAAGGCUAUUCGCACCAAGGAAGUGAUGGGAUUCGAGGGAUUCGGCCUCAGGGUCACACUUGGGCAGGAUAAGGGAACCACGUACUCGCGCGAAGCGAACCCGGAACUGUAUGCGCGAGGGAACCAGUGGGCUGGCGAGAUGCAGGCGGCGCUGGACGGGGGGAAGAUCAAGGCUCAUCCGGUUCGCGAGGUGCACGGCCGGUGGGAAGGUAUCAUUGAGGGGCUGGGCAUGCUGAGGCGCGGCGAAGUCAGAGGUCAGAAGCUUGUUGUCAGGGUGGGAGAUGCGUGA